UCUAUAUUCAUGCCGCAAAAUCGCCGAAAAAAAUCAACAUAAUAAAAAUGGAUUUAAAAACCAGUGUCAAUAAUAACCAGGGAGUCUUGGAGGCUGGGUCCGAAACAGAAGCUAUUCCUCCUCCCCCACCAACUGCGGCGGGCAGGCCAAGGCCACCCACUUCUCAGCUCUUUUCGCGCGGCAAUCUGGUUAGUAGUCGGGCACCAGGAGGCGAUAAGUCAGUUCUGGCUAGGCCAUCAACAGCAGUCCGGGCCGUGGGCUAUGCAGCCAAUAGCGGAUCUGCUGGCCAAAAGUUCGACCAGUUUUUCCUGGAAAAGGCCAAGCAGCAUACCCUCUCGUCGGCAAACGCUGUGGAUGCCGCCAAGGAAGUAAACCCACAAAUCAAGUAUAAGAAUCUGGAGGGCAAGAUUGUGAAGCUCUUGGAAUCGUCCAUAGUAUUGGCCUGGCAAAGCUCCGCGGCUCGAUCGAGUGGCGAUAUUAACUCUGAGGCAAAGUCGGCAUUAGCUGAGUCGUUGAAUAAGGCCAAAGAAGCUUUCUCAUUGGAUCGAACUUUGCACCGUUUUCGGGACCAGCAAGGCGAAAAUGUUUACCACAACUUCGAUUUAACAUAUGCGGUCUUUUUUAAUCUUGCCGAGCAAUACGAACGUAAUGACUUGCACAUCGAGGCCCUCAACACCUACAGCAUUAUGACCAAGAACAAGAUGUUUCCACACGUCAACCAGCUAAAGAUAAACAUGGGCAACAUCUACUACAAUAUGGGAAUCUACCAGAAGGCGGUUAAAAUGUAUCGCAUGGCCCUUGAUUCGGUGCCGAAGAACUUGAGCCAGUUGCGGCUUAAGAUCCGUGAAAACAUUGGCGUCCUCCUCGUUCGCAUGGGCUCCUAUUCGGAUGCUGCCUCCAGCUUUGAGUUCAUCAUGUCUGAGCGGGCGGAUAUUAAGAGUGGCAUCCACCUCCUCCUCUGCUACUACGCCAUGGGCGACGUGGAGAAAUUAAAGUUGGCCUUUCGCAGCCUGUGCGAUGUGCCUGCCGGGGAAACGGAAACCGAUCUGGGAAGCGAGAGCAAUAUCAUUAAACUGCAGCAGCAGGCGGACCAGGUUGGACCAGCUGGCAAUCAGGACUUGCACAAGUCCUUGGACCGCGAGGACAACGGGAGCGCGGAUGUGGCGGUGAUCGAUGCAGAAGGUGGAGGUUCUUACGAAAAGGUUGAGGAGACCGUGAAGUUUUCGGACAAGGCAAAACAGCAUUAUGUUCUCCAAGCCCUUAAAAAAGACGAGCUCGCCGUGUACACAAAUCAACGCCGAAAUGCGGAGAAGCGAUCUAUUACAAUGAUUGUAGAUCUUAUCUCACCCUUAAUCGAAGAGAACUAUAACGAUGGAUACAAUUGGUGCAUUGAGAUCAUCAAGACUUCAAAUCUGGCGUGGUUGGCCAACGAACUCGAGCUGAACAAGGCUCUAGUUUACCUUAGACAAAAUGACGUAAAUCAAGCGAUUGAAACACUUCAAAUGUAUGACCGUAAAAGUGAAGGAUCUAUGACAGCCAGCGCCCUGACCAACCUAAGUUUCAUCUAUAUUAGUCUCGGCAACCUGGAGAUGGCCACGCAUUGCCUUAAUCAGCUUCAGGAAAUCGGAGCACUGGAAAAUAAUGCAUUAGCUUUGAUCAAUGCCAGUAUAGUUGACUUGCGGAAUCAGAACCUCAUUUCAGCCCGCGACCGUUUGGAGCGAGCUCUUCAACUUCAGCCGACGAACUUUGAAGCCAACUACAACCUAGGCCUUGUGGCAUUGGCGCAGCAGGAUUUCGAGCUGGCCGAGGAGCGUUUCGAGGUGCUUAAGGCCCAACUGAUGAUGCCUCACUCUGUACAGCACAGCCAUGUGUUCUACCAACUGGCCAAGUUGCAGGAACGUCGGCUGGGAGGCGGAUUUAAAGCCACCGCUGCGCCGGGAGCGGCACUGCAAGCCUACCUCCAGGUACUCGGAAUUUCCGCUGCCGACAUCGACUCGCGGCUGUUUGAGAAGGUCGGCUCUCUGUACGAGCAGAUUCAGGACCAUCAGGAGGCCAAUCAGUACUACAACGAGGCGUACCGCAUUAACAUGAGCGACAUCGGCAUCGCCAGCUCCAUCGGCUCCUACUACAUCAAGCUGCAGGCCACGGAAAAGGCGCUGUACUACUAUGAACGAGCGGUUCUAGCCGAUCCCAACGAUCCAAACCUGAUGUUGCGUAUUGCUAGCUGCUUCCGCAACUCGUACCUGCCACCGAAGCAGUACCUAGGCAUGUUCCAGAAGAUCUACGCCCGUUUUCCGGACAACCUUACCUGCGUAAGGGCCCUUAUGCAAGUGACCAAGUCGCUGGGCUUAGCUGAUCUUCACGAUCGGUACGCAUUGGACUACGCGCGCCUGCAAAAGCAGCAGCAGGAACUGCAGAACGAGCAGCGAUACCAGCAGCAGCGCCUUUCUUCUGCGACCUCAUCCAGCAGCCGCUUGCGAACAGUCAGACAAUCCAAUGAGGAACGGUUGCAAGAGAACAGCGACAUCUCCAAAAGUAUGACCUAUACUCAGAGUACUGCUACUUAUUCCGUCCAGCAGUUUGAUCCUUUGGGACCUCCGGCAGAACGUCCUCGCACUGGCAAAUAUCGAGCGCAGCAGAGCAAAGACGAUUCAGACGAUGAUGCAGAAAUGAAUGCCGAAAGCUUGUUGCCCGUUUAAAUAUAUUUUUUUGUUUACAACAUACAUAUGUUGGAAUCAAUUGUUAGUCUUUAUCCUUCGCAAAACUCAACAGUAAAUAUAAGCAACUAAAGAAUAAUUCUCUCUUUUUGGUUUACCAAGUAAGUCCGUUGUUUUGGCUAUACUUCAAUUUGAGUUUGUUUGCAUUGAUAGGGACAUUUAAGCUUUUUGUAUAUAGUGGCAAAGCUUACCCUAGAACACAUUUUACAUAUUUUCCAAUUUUUAAAAAUAUAGUUUAAGAACUAUCAAAACAUUAGCAUUUGCAUUUAGUAAUUAUAUUGAGUUGGGUUUUAAAUAUUAUCUUUAUUGCGAUUUUAAGGCCAGUAAUACAUACAUUUUUGUGUUCUGAUAUUAUGUUUGAAAAGUUAAAAUGUUGACCAUUUGGAUAAAAAACUUGACCGUUGGUAUCGUCUGGGUAAUUAAUCAUCAUUGUUUAGAACAUCGCUUAGGCGAUCGCCCAGUUUCACCUCAUUUGAAUGACACGCUA